GCAUAAUUACAACGCUAGAGCCCUUCAUUUUCCGGGCGACGGAUAAACAAAAAUACUCUGACUAGCAUGAUUUUUAAAUAAUAAAAAAUAGAUAGAUAAAGUCGAUGUUAUCUUUAUGUGCUGUCGAAAUGUUUUUUAACAACAGAAUAUUAAUAUUAUAAAUAUUAAUAUGAACCUGCUCAUCGACUAGCUCGCUAACAUCUAUUAUUCCUGGUUUUACACCAGAUUAAUCAACUUUAUCCGGUAAAAACAACCUUGACAUGAAGUUAAAUAACUAUUAAAUGAAGGAGAGCAGUAAAUCUAACGCGAAGGUAACUUAAAAACAACAACAAAACAGGUCCGAACAAAUUCGAAGCGCGCUUUUUUUCCCCAUUGAGCAUGUCCCUCGUUGCAUUCCGUAACUGACGGAACGUCAGAAGGGACAAAUUCGGAAAGAAACGCGCAUUUGGAAAAACAAAGACGCUUUUGUGUAUUAGAAGGCGUCCAUUUUGCUGGGAGAAAAAAAACAACGCAGACGUGUUCGAGGGAAUAUUCUGGAUGAACAGAUCCUCGGUUGUUAUUAUGUAUGACUUUUUGUGAACGCGAAAGAGAUUUUAGAAGCUUUAGAAACGUUGUGUAUUCAGUGUUGAGGGAGAAGUCAUCGUGUUCUGGAGCUGAUCCAGGAUCAGACCACAUUUGAAUUUCCCUCCGGGGGUUAAUAAAGGGAUUGUGAGCGCACAGCCCUGGCAGAGUGUGUAGUGAGUGUCGGGGAUGAACUGCCGCUCGGAGGUGUUGGAGGUGUCUCUGGAGGCCCGGCAGGUGGAUGAGGCCAUGGCGGCGCUGUUGCACACCAUCCUCCUGCACCGCAGCACCGGCAAGUUCCACUAUAAGAAGGAGGGGACGUACUGCAUGGGCACGGUGGGCACUCAGGACGUGGACUGCGACUUCAUCGACUUCACCUUUGUGCGGGUUUCAUCGGACGAGCUCGAGCGCGUGAUCAGGAAAACAGUGACCGAGUUUAAGGAUGCGCUCGGGAACUCGGGCAGUGACGGAAUGGGCCAGAUCUCUCUGGAGUUCUAUCAGAAGAAGAAGUCGCGCUGGCCGUUCUCAGAUGAGUGCAUCCCGUGGGAGGUGUGGACCAUCAAGGUGAACGUGGUGAACCUGGCCAACGAACAGGAGCGUCAGAUCUGCCGGGAGAAAGUGGGCGAGAAGCUUGGUGAGAAGGUCAUCAACAUCGUAGAGGUCAUCAAUCGGCAUGAGUACCUGCCCAAGAUGCCAACGCAGUCCGAGGUGGACAACGUGUUUGACAUGAGUUUGAAGGACGUCCAGCCGUAUCUGUACAAGAUCACGUACCAGAUUACGGAUUCUCUUGGGACAUCGGUGAGCACCACCAUGAGGAGGCUCAUCAAAGAUACGCUGGCGUUAUAACAAGGUCAUAAAGCCCUGUUAAUGAGUCAGUUCACUAAAACACACACACACUGACACUUUAACUGUUGUAAAUCUGUCUCUCCAUAUCUGCAUGAUCAUGUGAAGUUCGAGCUGAUUUUCUGUCCUGUACAGCGUAAAACAAAUCCUACUACUAAAUCCUGAUGUUUAGUUUUGUACAGUGGAAAAACAUCCUGAUCCUUUUUUCAGAAUAAAACUGAAAUUGUGUAAAAAUA